UUCUUCCUCACUUGGCCUCACGCGCCCCAACCUCGUGCUCACCAUUGUUGCUGGAGGGAGAGAGUCGACAGAAUAAUGUGGUAAUUACCAUCACCUGCAACAUGGAGACAUCGUGUACGGCAGAGCAAAUUUCGGAUUGGUUUACCUCUGGGAGGGCCUUUGCUAACGUUAAACUCGCGGAGGAGGUGGUUGAAAAGAAGAACGAUGAAGCAUCGUCGAAAGAAACGAGCCCAUCAGAGGUUCCUGAUGAGAACAGCCUGAAAAAUGCCGGCACUGAAGAGGGGCGGUCACAAAAACCACAGCAUGCCAAGGGUGCUGCUCCUCCUCCACUCGCCAGCUACAAGUACCCCAGCUUGCCCAUAACCAAAAACAGACAGGAGCUGAUUUCCCUCAUAGAAAACAACUCUGUAGUGAUCAUUCGAGGAGCCACGGGCAGUGGAAAGACCACCCAGCUGCCACAGUACAUUCUGGACCACUACAAUGAGAAAGAAGCCUCAUGCAACAUUGUGGUCACCCAGCCACGCAAAAUAGGGGCCACCAGUAUUGCCCGAUGGGUUGCCGCACAGCGGAAGUGUACCCUGGGUAGUCUGGUGGGAUAUCAGGUUGGACUGGAGAGGAUGGCUACUGAGCACACCCGACUCAUCUACAUGACUACAGGAGUGCUGCUGCAAAAACUGGUUUCAGCAAAGUGUCUCACAGAGUACUCCCACAUUUUCGUAGAUGAGGUUCAUGAGCGCACUGAGGAGAUGGACUUUCUCCUGCUGGUUUUGAGAAAACUUCUGCAUUCCAACUCAAGUUAUGUCAAGAUCAUCCUCAUGUCAGCCACCAUCGACUGCCAACAGUUUGCUGAGUACUUCAGCACCCCAGUUUGUGGCAAAAUAAAUCCGGCCUACGUGUUUGAAGUGGAGGGGGCACCCUAUGCCAUUAAGGAGUUUUAUCUGGAUGACCUCUACAAACUGUUUCCACACAGGGUUGAGUCGAGUCACCUGGAUGACCCUUACAUUUCAGUGGAGAUGUACAAUCUUGCCAUCAGUCUCAUCCAGAGCUUUGAUGAAAUGGAGGGCAACAAUUCCAACAUAACAAAGACAGAAGGUGGCAUGAGUUCAUCAGAGCGGGGCAGUGUGCUGGUUUUCCUGCCUGGUUUAUAUGAGAUAAACUACAUGCAGGAGGCCUUGGCCAAGCUCUUCCACAAAAGACUACAGGUUUAUCCUCUCCACUCCACUGUGACUUUGGAGGAGCAGAAUGGCGUGUUUCUGUGCCCUGUCCCUGGAUACAGGAAGGUCAUCCUUUCCACCAACAUCGCUGAGAGUUCGGUGACCGUUCCAGACGUCAAAUAUGUGAUUGAUUUUUGCCUGGCCCGCCGCAUGGUCUGUGAUCCAGAUACCAACUAUCAGUCUCUUCGUCUCACCUGGGCAUCCAAAACCAACUGCAACCAGCGCAGAGGUAGGGCAGGUCGAGUGUCUAAGGGCUACUGUUACCGACUUGUUACCAAAGAGUUCUGGAGGAAUGAAAUCCCAGACUACAUGAUCCCUGAGAUGCUGCUUGCCCCGCUGGCCACCAUCAUGCUGAAGGUGAAGCUGCUGGACAUGGGAGAUCCUCGCUCUGUCCUUUCCACAGCCCUCUCACCCCCAAACCUCAGUGACAUAGUGAGGACAGUGCUUCAACUCAAAGAGAUGGGCGCGCUAUCUGCGAAAAGUGAUGGCAGGGGUCACAAUGAGGAUGGGGAGCUAACGUUCCUGGGCCGAGUGCUGGCCCACUUGCCCGUGGACCUGUACCUGGGGAAGAUGAUUGUCCUGGGUCAUGUCUUUGGCUGCCUGGAUGAGUGCCUCAUCACAGCUGCUGCGCACUCUCUGAAGAGUUUCUUUGCCAUACCAUCGAUGCAGCAGCUUGCUGGCCACAGGAGCAUGUUGGCUUUUGCCCAUGGCACAUCAAGUGACUCCAUUGCUUUUGUCAAUGCCUUCAAGGCAUGGCACUCAUCCAAAAAGAAAGGACAGCUGAGACACCCAAAGGACGAGUUGGACUGGGGAAAAGGGAACUUCAUUCAGAUCAAGAGGAUCAGGGAGGUUGCAGAGCUGUAUGAGGACCUGAAGAAGCGUGUGUCCCAGUUCAACAUGCAUGUGCCAGAGAGCCCUCAAUCCACGGAUUACACCAGCACACACAGGCAGAAGUUCAUUCUUCAGGUGGCCAUUGCUGGAGCCCUCUACCCCAACUACUUUGUCCAGGGAGAAAUAGAUGAAGACUUGGCCUCCAAAGAUUUGAGUGGCCUCAACCCCAAAACAACAGUUAUGGUGAGGAACCUCCCUCCGUAUGCUUUCCUGUACUACAAGCAGCUGCAGUCUCUGUUCCGCCUGUGUGGACAGGUGAAAACCAUUUCCUUCGAGAGCUCCAGAGCUUACUUGGAGUUCUACAAGACAUCCCAAGAUUCGGGGGUGCUGCCUGAGGUGUCCCUUGCCCUCCUCCUGGAUCAGCAGAGUCUCCCCAUGGAGCUAUCAGUCUUCCCCUCUGAACAAAUAGAAAUGGUUGCUGGGAGUAGAAACAUCACUCACAUGAAACAUUCACGAGUAAACGUAGACUUCCAGAGCCAGUCUGUCUGCCCGGUGGGAGUGGUGAGCAGCACCAUUGACCCAGACAAGCUACCCCCCAACCGCUUCUUUGUGGUCAACAUCACGGAGGUGGUGGAGGUGGGUCAUUUCUGGGGCUUCCGGGCAGAUGAAGCCAGCUUGGAGAAGCAGCGCCAUCUGACAGCAGAGAUAAACAUUCGUACACUAAACCCUCCAACUGUGUCGCUCUACCCCAACCUGCUGUGUCUGGCUCCUUACUCUGAGGUCAAUGACCAGAGCAUGUACUACCGUGCCAAGAUCCUGCAGAUGCGUGGCAGUUCUGUGGAGGUGUUUUUCUUGGACUUUGGCAACACAGCAGUUGUUUCCUGCAGCAGCCUCAGGGAGCUCCCUUCUGACCUCCUGUCUCACCCUUUCCAGGCUCAGGAGUUCCAAGUUGCUGGAAUGCGUCCUUCAGCCCAGUCCAUCAUUUUGGGGAACCAGUGGAGCAGCCGAGCCCGCAACCGGUUCAUCACACUGGUGAAGGGCCAUUCACACAUUGUGUCCCUGUACUCCAUCCUCCAUGGCGUCAUGCGUGUGCAACUGCUCAUCAGUGAAGAGACCAAAAACACCAGCGUGGUAGACAUCUUGGUCGAAGAAGAACAUGCUGUAAAGGCCGAAGAGAGCUUUGAUUCCAAGCAAAACCAUGAGGCACUGAUGUCCCUGUACCAGGACAUGGAAAAAGGUACAUAUGUCCCCAAUGCUGCCAGCAGCUCCUGGACAGAUCGUAAGAAAGAGGAAAAGGAGCUCAUCGACAGCCUGCUGGGCCACUUUUCCAAAAGCUCCCAGCCCUAUUCCAGGACAAAGGUUCGGCUGCAUGGACCAAACAGUCCUUAUAGGAUAAAGUUCCACAGCUUGAGCCAGAAGACCUUCUACAAGACGGUGUGUAUAGAGAGGAGGAGCAUCAACUCCUUGGCCCUGAAUGAAAACCCUCACUACAAACAUCAGAGGAUGCUGGUGGCUGGGACUGUGUCAGUCAACUCCACAGGGACACGUAUUCUACUGAGAGAUACUUCCAUCAUGCCAGACAUCCCUGGAUUGCCAGCACUUGUAACCAUGCUCUUCACCCCCAUCAUGGAGCUACGCACUGAUGAAGAGAGGACCUGCUACACUGGCGCCCUCUGUGGCCUGGGCUGGAACAGUCAAACACAGGAGGGCAUCCUACCUGAGCGUGACAUCGAACUCUCCUUCGAUGUCAAAUUUGAUGUUGAAGACAUCACUGAGAUAAAUGCCUUGCGAGUGGCUAUAAACCGUCUGGUGUGUGAGGGGCCCUGUGGCACCAUGCAUCUGGGGCCCGACAGGAUCGGCUCCUUGCAGGAGGACUGCCGGGACCGCCUCACAAGGCUCUUCACCAAGACACCGCCAAGGGAAGCUAACACUGAAGUGUACUACCAGAAACCUGGGAAAUGGAAUCAGGUGGAUCCUGCUCUGAAGAUGGAUAUUGUCGAGCCUCGCAAAGAUAAGACCAGAGGCGUUCUCUUCCAGCUGCAUCCUGUCACCCUCCUCAACAGCUAAAAAGUCACUGUCGUUCUUGCAUUUGUGUUGAAAUGAAACUGGUUCCAGUGAUGUACUUGAGAAGGUGCCUGGAUUUUCUUUAAUUUAUAUUCAGAGGAGCAUAUUUUUUAUGUUUACAUGGGACUGGAGCUCCCAGCAGCACAGCAAAAUCCUCAGUCCUUAAUUUGUUGUUUGCAGUAAUCACUGGAGUCGUUAUUCCCUGUUUUAAUAAGUGGCUGUUAAUAAGUCAGGUAAAGUUCAUUGAUGAGAAUCAUCUUGUUUAGCUCUCUGUAUAAGCACUUUAGCCGUGGGCUAUUAAAAAUACCUGUUGGCAACAGAUGAGGCUCGUCAAUCAGUCUUCAUUCAAACAUAGUUUCAUUGUGACCCAAGAGUCAGGUUAAAUAUAUCCCCACAGCGCACACACACACACACACACACACACACACAUACACACACACACAAAACUCCUACUAUGAGAUGAGAGGUGUGUUUGUGCCAGAAUUCACUGGCUUGUAUUUAUAGCUCAUC